AUGGUUUCUUUCGAUCUCAGCACAUGUAUUUUCAUAAUGGAAUCAAUUUUCCCCCUUUCUUUCUUUCUUUCUUUCUUUCUUUCUUUCUUUCUUUCUUUCUUUCUUCCCGUGUGUCUGUGUGAGUCUCUCUCAGCCGUUUCAUAUCUAUCUAUCUAUCUAUCUAUCUAUCUAUCUAUCUAUCUACAGAGUACGAUGGAUAAAUUGUCGUUUAUCUAUCUAUCAGAGCCUGUUCAUAUCUAUCUAUCUAUCUAUCUAUCUAUCUAUCUAUCUAUCUAUCUAUCUAUCUAUCUAUCGACCUGUUCCUAUCUAUCUAUCUAUCUAUCUAUCUAUCUAUCUAUCUAUCUAUCUAUCUAUCUAUCUAUCUACAGGUUAUCUAUCUCAAACUGUUUAUAUCUAUCUCAGUCUGUUCAUAUCUAUCUAUCUAUCUAUCUAUCUAUCUAUCUAUCUAUCUAUCAAUUUUCAUGUUUACAUCUAUCUAUUUAUCUAUCUAAUUUUUCUUCUCUUUUCUUCUUUUUACUCUUCUUAUUUCUCUCGUCUUCUUUUUCUCUCUUAUUCUUUUUCUCUCUUGUUCUUUUUUUCUCUUUUUCUUUUUCUCUUUUUUCUUUCUUAUUCUUUAUUCUGAUUCUUUUUCUUUCUUAUUCUUUUUCUCACUCACUCUUUUUUUCUCUUUCAUUCUUUUUUCUCUCUUGUUCUUUUGUCACUUCUUUUUUCUCUCUUUUUUCUCUCUUAUUCUCUUUUUUUCUUUCUUAUUCUUUUUUCUCUCUUCCCCUUUUAUUUUCUUACACUUUUUCAUUUUUAUUCUUUUUUUUUUCUCGCUUCUUCUUUUUCCUGUUAUUCAUUUUACUUACAUUUUUUCUUCUUUUUUUCGAUUUUCUUCUUUUUUCCUCUCAUAGCCAUUUUCUUUCUGACACUACAUCGUUCAGUUCGUUUUUCUUUCUUUCUGUCUUUCUGAUUCCUACUUUUCUUUCUUUCUAUGUUUCUCAUUCUCUUUGCUUUUCUUACUACCUUUUUCUUUUCACUUUCUCUUUUUUAUCUUCAUUGCGCGUUUGUUCUUUAUUGCUAUCUUUUUCUCUUUUUCUUUCAUUCUUUCAUUCUUUCUUUCUUUCUUUCUUUCUUUCUUUCUUUCUUUCUUUCUCUGACGUUUUACCAACAUUCUCUCUAUGUGUUCUUUCCUUCUUUACCCUCCUCCCUUCUCUCACUCUUUCUUUCUCUGUUUUCAUACUUUUUCUCCGUUCUCUUUCUCUUCAUUGUUCUAAUCCUUUCUUUCUUUCUUUCGUUCUUUCUUUCUCUUUCUUUCCUUCCUUUCUUUCGUUAUUUGUUUCUUUUUCCUUCCUUCCUUCCUUCCUUCCUUCCUUCCUUCCUUCCUUCCUUUCUUUCUUAUUUCCUACCUUUCUUUCUUUCUUUCUUUCUUUCUUUCUUUCUUUCUUUCUUUCUUAUUUCCUACCUUUCUUUCUUUCUUUCUUUCUUUCUUUCUUUCUUUCUUUCUUUCUUUCUUUCCUUCCUUCCUUUCUUUCGUUGUUUGUUUGUUUCUUUUCCUUCCUUCCUUCCUUCCUUCCUUCCUUCCUUCCUUCCUUCCUUCCUUCCUUCCUUUCUUUCCUACCUUUCUUUCUUUCUUUCUUUCUUUCUUUCUUUCUUUCUUUUUCCUUUUCUUUCUUUCUUAUUUCUUUCUUUCUUUCUUUCUUUCUUUCUUUCUUUUUUCUUUCUUUCUUUCUUUCUUUCUUUCUUUCUUUCUUAUUUCCUACCUUUCUUUCUUUCUUAUUUCCUACCUUUCUUUCUUUCUUUCUUUCUUUCUUUCUUUCUUUCUUUCUUUCUUUCUUUCUUUCUUUCUUAUUUCCUACCUUUCUUUCUUUCUUUCUUUCUUUCUUUCUUUCUUUCUUUCUUUCUUUCAAUUUCUUUUUCUUCUUCGUUCUUUCAUUUUUCCUCGUCAUCUACAGUCUUUCUUCUCUUCUUUUUCUUUGUUUGCUUCUUCGGCGUCUUUCUCGACUACUGUUAAUUUCUUUUUUCUUCAUUCAUUUCCACAUUGUAUCUUUUGUUGUUUCCAUCUUCGGUCCAUUCUUUCCUCUCUUUUUCUUUCUUUUCGCUUCUUCUUCUUUUCUUUCUUUCUUUCUUUCUUUCUUUCUUUCUUUCUUUCUUUCUUUUCUUCUUCUUCUUCUUCUUCUUCUUCUUCUUCUUCUUUAUUCCGCCUUCUUUCCUUCUCUUUCGUUCCUCCUUCGAUUCAUUUUCUCCUUUCCUCCUCCUCCUCUUUCUCUUCCUCUUUCUUCUUCUUCUUCUUCCUCUUCUUCUUUCUUUCUUUAUUCCGCUGUCUUUCCUUCUUCUUAUUUCCUCCUCCUAUUCAUUUUCUUCUUUCUUUCUUCUCCUUCAUCAUUCAUUCUUCUAUUUCUUCUUUUUCUUUGUUUCUUCUUUAUUCCGCUUUCUGUCCUUCUCUUUCUUCCUUCCUUUGAUUCAUUUUCUUCUUUCCUCCUCUUCUUUCUUUCUUUCUUUCUUUCUUUUUUUCCGCUUUCGUUUGUUCUCCUUUCUUCUUCCAUUUCAUUUUCUUAUUUUCUUCUUCUCUUUCUUCUUCUUUAA